AUGGCUCCCACUGUUGCAUUUAUUACCGGUGCCAACCGAGGACUGGGCUUCGGCCUAGUCAAGAACUUCGUGGCCAAUCCAAACUACCUCGUGGUGGCCGCAGUUCGUGACCCUGCACACCCAACUGCCCAAGAGCUCACCAAGCUCCCCACCGGCGAGGGCAGCAGCGUUAUCGUCGUCAAGUAUGACGCUGGCGUCGAGCAAUCGGCCUUUGAUGCCGUCAAGGAGGCUACCGACAAGGGCGUCGACCACUUCGACUACGUCGUUGCCAAUGCUGGUAUCGCCAAGGUGUACCCUCUUGUUAAGGAUGUCAAGCGCGCCGACCUCGUCGAGCACAUCGAAGUCAAUGUUCUGAGCGUGGUUUCGCUCUACCAGGCUACUCGCUCGCUGCUGGAGAAGUCGACCAUCAAGCCCGUCUAUGCUAUUAUGGGAUCGGGUGGUGGUGCUCUUGGCCGUCAACCUCCUAUUCCCAGCGCUGUCUACGGUGCCUCCAAGUCCAUGCUCCCCUGGUACGGCAUCCGAAUCAACGCCGAGGACGAAUGGCUCAAUGCCUUUGUCAUUGACCCCGGCUGGGUUCAGACCGACAUGGGCAACGGCGCUGCGCAAGGCUGGGGACUGGAGUCUGCGCCGGACACGAUCGAGAAGUCGACCACUGGUAUCAUUGAUGUCAUUACGAAGGGAACGAAGGAGAAGUACGGUGGCAAGGUUGUGCUUUACGAUGGCGAGGUUCAGGCUUGGUAA